CCCUCCGGCACUCCGCCCUCUGCCUUCUGAGCGCUAGCUUCCCCCCCUCCAGCGCUGGGCCUGUCCCGGCUAUCCCGGAGCCACAGUCCGGCGCACGUUAGCUGUCUCUGUUGUGGCCACCGCCUCCAGGCAGCCUGCAGCAAGUCGGUUCCGCAGCCCCGACAAGCGCAGCGCCCUCUCACCGCCAUGCCGUGGUUCCUCAAGGGAAUGUCCUUCGUCCCCUUUCUACUGGUGACAUGGUCAUCCGCAGCCUUUAUCAUCUCCUAUGUGGUCGCCGUGCUCACUGGGCACGUCAAUCCCUUUCUCCCCUACAUCAGUGACACAGGGACAACGCCACCAGAGAGUGGUAUUUUUGGGUUCAUGAUAAACUUCUCUGCAUUUCUUGGUGCAGCUACGAUGUACACAAGAUAUAAAAUAGUGGAGAAGCAAAAUGAGACCUACUAUUUCAGCACUCCUAUUAUUAACUUGGUGUCAUUAGUUCUCGGAUUGGUGGGAUGUAUUGGAAUGGGCAUUGUGGCUAAUUUUCAGGAAUUAGCUGUUCCGGUCGUCCAUGAUGGCGGCGCCCUUCUGGCUUUCGUCUGCGGUGUGGCAUACACACUCCUGCAAACCAUCAUCUCCUACAAAUCGUGUCCCCAGUGGAACACCAUGGCCACGUGCCAUGUCCGGAUGGCCAUCUCUGCGGUUUCCUGCGCAGCUGUGGUCCCCAUGAUUGCCUGUGCUUCGCUAAUUUCUAUAACGAAGCUGGAAUGGAAUCCAAAAGAAAAGGAUUAUGUGUAUCACGUAGUGAGCGCCAUCUGUGAGUGGACCGUGGCCUUUGGUUUUAUUUUCUAUUUCCUAACAUUCAUCCAAGAUUUCCGGGGAGUCACUUUAAGGAUAUCCACAGAAAUCAAUGAUAACCUUUGAAAGACCGAGAAUCCUGUCUCAGUGAAUAUCAAGUGGCACAGAGGAUGGACAGGCUUGGAUGUCACCUGAUUGGAACACAUUUGUGGCACAUCCGGGACUUGAAUUUCAUUAAGAAUUCCUAGUAGUUGUUCUAUUUACAAAGGUAUGUUUUCUAGAGAAUGUAUAGCAUUGGGGACACUGUAGCAAUGUUUUUAUACUUUCUAAGGCAUGCUAUAUGAACAGAUUCAUAUGCAGACAAGAUGAGGCAUUACAGAAAAUGAAGGAUUAUUUUUGAAUAGAUUCUUUAGACUUUUAUGUAUGAAUGAUUUAUGAAAAUACACUAAGAAAAAAAUGUUAAGUUUAGUACUUUUUUCUAAAGAAGUCAAAUCAGGGAUAGUAAUUUAUAAGUUUUUUUUUCUUAUAAAAUACAACGUAUUUUUAUAAAAUACAUUUUAAUCACAAGAGAGCACUUAUACAAUUCAAUUCAUAGUGACUAUGUAACCUAUUGGUAUAGAUUUCGUUAAUAAGUUGACACUAAAGCACUCUGAUUUUUAGUGCAUUAAACAAAAUGCUUUUAUAGUUAAGGCCUCAAAACCAUUUACAUGCACAUUAACCAGCAAAUAUGGAAGACCUUGGUUUGAAAUUUGUCUCCUCAUUUGCUGAAUUUUCCUCUCCUAGGGAGCUACAGCUUUUUCAGGGAACUAAUUCCAGAUAGGAGCUCAGCAGGACAGCUUAGAAAUGAUAAAUAACUGCCUUUUAACUUUGACCCAGAAGUGAAACCACUUCCAAUUCCCCUGUAAGCCAGUCAAAGAGAACACAGAUCCGAGACAGGGAGAAGGAGAGGGCCAGUAGACACUUGUGGGUGCAGGCGCUGUUCAUUUGUUCCUUUCAGUGCCUGUGGCCACUGUCCUAUGGCACCACAGGGAGGGUGAGUCAGGCCCUUCCCCAAGCUAGGCUUGGAGAGACUACCUUUUCUUCAGUUCACCAACGGCGAAAGAAACACCAGCCAUUGUAGAGGAAGAAGUGAAGACCCUCAAGUUCCAUGCCUAAGUCUGGGCAAGGGCAGAGCAGCCCAUACAGACAGCCUUGGUGAGGGGCACCUGCACAGCGAGGGCCGUGCAGCCUCCUGUGUGCGGCUGAGUCAAGCAGCCACCUCUGCCCUGGUGUCCCAUGUCUCCCUAUGCGUGUGCCAUGGAAACUGACAACCAUUUCUAAGUCCACUGUAACUUUCCAUGCUGCCACGGGUCCCCACUGUAAUCCUGGAACAAAGAGACAGUGACCGCUUGUCAUUCUGAAGAGAAACAGGAGCUGGUACCUUUCCUGUGGGCACUGUGGUUGAAGCUAUGCCAUUCUUUGCUUUGAGCAGGGACCUUGUUGAUCCUUCCCAGAAUGCACAUGGCUCUCUUCCUUCCACUGGUGACCCGGCCCUCCCUCCUUCAGGACAGAACACAAGAGCCUUUGCCAGGGUUAAACACAGUGCCUUCCAGCACACAAUAGGUGCUUAAUAAAUACUCACUGAAUAUACAUUAAUGAAUGAACAAAUCAAGUAAUCACUAGGGAUGUUUGAGGUGCUAUCUAAAGGGUUUAUUUACUAGUUAUUUUGAUGUCAAUGGCUAUUCUGUAUCACCUAGUAACGUUAUCCAUUUUGCUCUGUGUAGUAUACACGUUUCAAUUGUUUGGGCUUCAUGAUUCUUCUGGACAGAUACCACAGAAAUUGUUACGUGGGCCAGACCUGUCUUGGCAGACCGAGAAGGCCCCAAAUUACCCCAAGUCACGUUCUGCAGAUACCAUGCAGCUUCUAAUGCUUCCCCCAUUUUGGUAUUAUUUUUAAUUUCUACAUAUGUGUAUAUCCUUGGACUUCAUACCUGAGAAAGUAAAAUAAACUAUUUCUUUAUUUUA